AUGAGUGUGCUGCAGCUGUACAUGUCCUAUCCCGUGUGUGUGCCCGACGUUGUCUGGCUGGUGGCGCUGCUCGUGUUGGUUUACGGGCUGCUGUACGGCGGGGAGAGGCGGCGAGGACUGGUCCUCCCGCCCGGCCCCACCCCGCUGCCGAUCCUCGGGAACCUGCUGCACAUGGCCGGCGCCGACCCGCACAUCAGGAUGACUGAGAUGGCGAGGAAGUUCGGCGACGUCUAUCAGGUGUGGCUUGGCAUGGAGAAAGUCGUCGUCAUCAGUGACAUUGACCUUGCUAAGGAGGCCCUGGUGAAGAGCGGGGACGACUUUGCGGGCCGCGCCCCCCUCCCCACCACCGACCUCCUGUCCAACAGCGGCAUGGGCAUCGCCUUCGCGGACUACGGCAGGGGCUGGAGGAUCCACAAGAAACUCACGCACAACGCGCUAAAGAUGUUCGGUAACGGAAUGCAGCAGCUGGAGAGCAGGAUAUCUCAGGAAGCGGACUGGCUGUGUUCCCACCUCGGCGCCUCUGCAGGACAACCCCUGGAUCCGUACACGGGCCUGAACGUCGUGAUAGGUAACAUCAUCAGCAGUCUGUGCCUGGGGAAGCGGUACGAGCCGGACGACCCGGAGUUCAGGACCAUCGUGCACUACAACGAAGGGCUGGUGGAUACAGUGGGCAAGGACGGGCUCAUUGAUGUCUUCCCUCUGUUAGCAAAACUUCCGAACGCCACGGUGAGGAAGAUGAAGGAGUGCCUGGAGCUGAGGAAUAAAGUCCUGUCUAAAAACAUCGAAGAACAUCGGGCGACCUACCAGGCCGGGAAGCUGCGUGACUUGAUUGACACGCUGCUGAAGGCUCAGGCUGAGGCGGUGAUGGUGGGCGGACACCGGGCGCUCCGGCACCUGAGCGACGAGCACAUCCUCAUCACCGUUAACGACGUGUUCGGGGGAGGCAUGGAGACGGCCACAACCACGAUGAGAUGGAUCCUGCUGUUUCUUGUGCACUAUCCUGAGGUCCAGGACCGUAUCCAGCGGGAGAUGCAGCGGGCCCUGUGCGCGAACGACCCUGUCCGUCUGUGUGACCGGGAGCGGCUGCCGUACCUGGAGGCCACCAUCAGAGAGGUGCUCCGGAUGAGACCCGUGGCGCCGCUCGCCAUUCCCCACAAAACCAUCAGGGACACUUCGGUCGGAGACUACGACGUUCCCCAGGGAACCCGUGUGAUGUUUAACCUGUGGGCGAUUCACCAUGACGAGCGGCACUGGACAGACCCGGCAACUUUCAACCCUGACCGUUUCCUGGACGGUAAGACAGGUCAGCUGACGGAAAUUUGCCGCGGCGGCAGCUUCCUGCCGUUCCUGGCCGGCUGUCGCGGCUGUCUGGGGGAGUCCAUGGCCAAGGCCGAGCUGUUCCUCUUCACGGCGCGGAUCCUCAGGGACUUCCGCCUGGAGCUGCCGCACGGGGUUUCCCCGCCAAGUCUGCAGGGGCGAUAUGGCGUCGUCAUGGCUCCGGACAGAUACAGGAUAUGCUUCAGACCACGGGAAGAACAAAUAUAG